CCCGGCUCCUGUAGUUGGGCUGUCAGCUCAGUUGUUUUGGCUGCGUGUUUGGUGUCAGGUCGAAAACCUGCUUUAAGCUGUGGCAUCAUGUCCGACAAGAGUGAGCUGAAGGCAGAGCUGGAGAGGAAGAAGCAACGUUUGGCCCAAAUCCGAGAGGAGAAGAAAAGGAAGGAGGAGGAGCGCAAGAAGAAAGAGUCCGACCAGUUGAAAGAUGCUGCCGCUCACCAGGACGAUACUGACCUGGAGAAGAAAAGACGUGAGACUGAGGCCAUGCUACAGAGUAUGGGCAUAGCCUCAGAUGCUCCUGUCGUCCCUCGUCCCAUUUCUCCGACUGCCAAAUCGGCAGGUACGCCAAGCGAGGCAGGAAGCCAGGACUCUGAUGGAGCCGUUGGACCCAGGACUCUGCACUGGGACUCUGACCCGUCCACACUUCAACUUCACUCUGAUUCUGAGCUGGGGCGAGUGACUCCAAAACUGGGAAUGGCCAAAGUCACACAGGUGGACUUCCCUCCACGUGAGACUGUGUCCUACACAAAAGAGACGCAGACACCUGUCGUGACCCAGCAAAAAGAAGAGGAAGAAGAGGAGGAAGAAAUUGCUGCUCCUCAACCAGCAGUCGUGACUCCGACUGAGAAACCCGACCAGAAGGAGGAGGAGGAAGUGCCCCCCCAUGAGCUAACCGAGGAGGAAAAACUCCAGAUCCUGCACUCGGAGGAGUUUGCGAAUUUCUUUGACCACAGCACUCGCAUUAUUGAGCGAGCUCUAUCAGAGCAUGUGGACCUCUUCUUCGACUACAGUGGCCGUGACCUGGAGGAGAAGGAGGGUGAAAUCCAGGCCGGAGCGAAGCUGUCUCUCAACAGGCAGUUCAUGGACGAGCGCUGGUCCAAACAUCGUGUUGUCACCUGUCUCGACUGGUCCCACCAGUAUCCUGAACUCCUGGUUGCCUCAUACAACAACAACGAGGAAGCUCCUCAUGAGCCAGAUGGCGUUGCAUUAGUGUGGAACAUGAAGUACAAGAGGCCUACACCGGAGUACGUCUUCCAUUGUCAGUCUGCUGUUAUGUCGGCUGCGUUUGCCAAGUUCCAUCCCAACGUUGUGGUCGGGGGCACAUACUCCGGGCAGAUUGUAUUGUGGGACAACAGAAGUAAUAAGAGGACCCCUGUGCAGAGGACCCCCCUGUCUGCAGCAGCACAUACGCACCCGGUUUACUGUGUGAACGUGGUCGGCACCCAGAACGCCCACAAUCUGAUUAGCAUCUCCACUGAUGGAAAAAUGUGCUCCUGGAGUCUGGACAUGCUUUCACAGCCACAGGACAGCAUGGAGCUGGUGUUCAAGCAGUCCAAAGCUGUAGCCGUCACCUCCAUGUCUUUCCCUCUCGGAGAUGUCAACAAUUUCGCGGUGGGCAGCGAGGACGGCUCGGUCUACAUGUCGUGUCGUCAUGGAAGCAAAGCGGGCAUCAGUGAGAUGUUUGAGGGCCACCACGGGCCCAUUACAGGGAUCGACUGCCACACAGCUGCAGGGCCCCUGGACUUCUCCCACCUGUUUGUCACCUCCUCUUUCGACUGGACUGUCAAGCUGUGGAGCACCAAGAACAACAAGCCCCUGUACUCGUUUGAGGAUAACUCUGAUUACGUGUAUGACGUGAUGUGGUCACCGACCCACCCCGCUCUGUUUGCCUGUGUGGACGGCGUUGGACAUCUGGACCUGUGGAACCUCAACAACGACACCGAGGUCCCCACUGCCAGCGUCACAGUGGAGGGGAACCCGGCCCUCAACAGGGUCAGGUGGGCUCAUUCUGGCAGAGAAAUCGCUGUGGGAGACUCUGAUGGGCGAGUGCGCGUAUAUGAUGUUGGAGAGCAAAUUGCGGUGCCACGAAACGACGAGUGGACCCGUUUCGUCCGCACGCUGGCGGAGAUCAACGAGAACCGAGACGACGCUGAAGAGCUGGCGGCUCAGCGCCUGGCUGCCUGAUCCCACCGCCAUGGACACAACGCUUAAGGGACCAGUGGUGCACUUGUUAAUAUCAACCCCCCCGGAAAAGAUGGAGGUUAUGAUCAGAAAGACGUAUGGACAUGUUUUGAUUCAUUGUACUUUAAUCGGACAAGUCUACCUUGUCUGUUUAGCUGGCCAAUCGCCAGUCUUCCUUGGAACAACAUGACCUCAGACGUGAACAGGAAGCCAUGAUCGCAAACGCAGAACUGUCGUCCUCUUUUUAACCAGAUGCCUUAAAUUUUCCUUUAAAGGUUUCAUUUAAACCUUGACGGUAAAGAUCCUUAACUGUCUUCAUUUAAAGCAUGAGCCUUAAUUUUGAGUUUUUUCAAGCCAAAUACUAUAAGUGCUCAACUCCACGUAUUCACCAGCCACUCUACAGUUGAACCGAAGCAAUCACAUCUUAUCCAAGAAUGUAAACAUCUCACAGCUGUAGCCCAUGUUGUCAUCUCUGUUGCUUUAGACUUCACUUGUUUGUAAAAUACUGAAUUGUCCAAAAUCCAAAUGUAUUUCUACUUCUAUAUUGUUAUAGAUUUCACCAGUUUCCACUUGAUCCGUGGAGCUGGUUAGACCUGGGAUAGUUGGAAUAUCCUCUAUGCUGUAACUGCUCAGUGAUUCUCAGAUGUGUCGCGUGUGUUGACAGAUCUGAACAGAGACGGUUUGUUUCCUGAAGAAUCUCAAAGCCUGGUGUCAAAAGGGAGAAUGUACUUUUCACACAGUAGAAACAGUCUGAAUGAUUUAUUCAAUAAAAUACAAUAAAUACAUUUAAAUAAUUCCCCCCCCCUUGAGUCUCCCAGGUCAUGAUUUCAAAAUAAAUACUUGAAAACA